GCAUACAACCAAAUUUGGGGAGAACCAACCUGAUGCCAGCAUGAUGCAGAUAUCUCAGGGCACAAUGGGCCCUCCUUGGCACCAAAGCUAUCACUCCAGCUCAUCUACAAGUGACCUCUCCAGCUUCGACCAUGCUUAUCUGAGGCGGAGCCCUGACCAGUGCAGCUCCCAGGGGAGCCUGGAAAGCCUGGAGCCCAGUGGGGGAUACUCAGCCUGCCAUCUUCUUUCCCCUGCCAAGUCUACGAGCAGCAUUGACCAGCUCAGCCACCUCCAUAACAAGAGAGACUCGGCAUACAGCUCCUUCUCCACCAGUUCUAGCAUCCUAGAGUACCCACCCCCUGGUGUCACUAGCCGAGAGCGGUCAGGCUCUGUGGACACUACUUCUGCCCGCGGGGGCCUCCUAGAAGGGAUGAGACAGGCAGAUAUCCGCUAUGUCAAGACAGUCUAUGAUACCCGGAGGGGAAUCUCAGAAGAGUAUGAGGUGAAGUCUUCAGACCUGCUGCUUCAAGGUCGGGAGUCACACCCAUCAGCAGAUGAUCAGGGCUAUGAUAAAUGGCAUAGCAUUUCUCGGAGCAAGGGAGCACUAUCCUCAUCUUGGAGUCAGCCGUGCUCCAGUUCCUUAGAGACUGGCCCUGACAACCUGCCUCAUAAAGUGGGUGCACCACAGCCCCCAACUCGGAGUGACAGUUAUGCAGCCUUUCGGCACCGAGAACGACCUAGCUCUUGGUCUAGCCUUGAUCAGAAGCGCUUCUGCCGGUCUCAGGCAAAUUCUUCGGGCUCCUUGAAAUCUCCAUUCAUAGAUGAUCAGCUGCAUCCUGUCCCAGAGAAGAGUCCAGAAAACAGCCCCCCAGUGAAGCCCAAGCAUAAUUAUAUUCAGAAGGCCCAGCCUGGCCAACCACUGCUGCCAACUGGCAUCUACCCUGUACCAUCCCCGGAGCCACACUUUGCCCAGGUGCCCCAGCCUUCUGUGAGUAGCAAUGGUACACUCUACCCUGCACUGGCCAAGGAGAGUGGAUAUCCAGCCACCCCUCAGGGAGCUUGCAACAAGAUGGCUGCCUUUGAUGAGAAUGGAAACCAAAAUGGAGCUAGCAGACCUGGAUUUGCCUUCUUCCAGCCUUCAGAACAUGACUCACUGGAGAGGAAACCAGAAACCACAGUCAAAUUUGUCCCCUACAAAGUCCAUUUUCCUUCAGUGCCUGAAAAUGAGGAGGAUUCCUCCCUAACGAGACAUCCCACAGCUCCCGAAGGCAACAGUGUUCAUUACAAUGAGAGAAAGAACUCUCAUGGCAACAAACCCUGUUCUAAUCACCACAGCCUCAAAUCUCCUCAGGCCCAGGCCUGGCAAGUGGGUGGAGACAAGAGGUCUUCUAGACUCCUGGAACCCUGGGAGAGUGAUUUCCAGGAAGACCAUAAUGCCAACCUGAGGCAGAAGCUGGACAGAGAAGGCCUAAGCCACGGCCAGUCAGGCAACUUUGGCAGGACCAAGUCGACCUUCUCAUCUCUCCAGAACAUUCCAGAGAGUCUGAGAAAGCAAAGCAGCCUCGAGCUGGCCGAGGGAGUGCAGGAGAGUUACCCUGUUGGCAGGUCUACCUGUGCGGUCAACACCAAGGUGGAGGACUCUGCAAGGAACGUGCUCCCUGACCACAGAGGCCACCUGGACAGGCCCGUUUCCUAUGCGAGGCCUGAAGGGAGAUCCAGUACUUCACCCUCUAUCCACUGUGCCGAUCCAAGCUAUGAAGAGCCCCCCACCCCUCCAUACCAGCAGACAUCCAGCCUGGGCAGGAAGGGACUCAGCUCCGGCAGCACCUCGGCCCUGCAGGGUUUCCAGUACAGGAAGCCCCACUGCUCUGUGCUGGAGAAGGUGUCCAAGUUCGAGCAGCGAGAACAUGGGAGCCCCCGGCCCCCCAGUGCAGGCCACACCUACAGGAGGGCCCCGACGUCCAGCACUUCCGGGAGUGACGUUGAAGAGACAAAAGCCAGCCUCCGGAGCCCUGAGAACAGGGAGCCCUUGGGCAGUGGGGGGCAGCACUUCAGAAGCGGGGAGCCCAAGCUGGAAGAGGCCUCUUGGCAGCCUUGCGGUCAGCAGCUGAGGAGGACUGAAGAGGGGGGCCGUGGCCCCCCAGUCCGAGUCAGCGAGCCCCCAAGGCCCGACGCCCGCUUGCUCCGCAGCCAGAGCACCUUCCAGCUCUUCAGCAAGGCCGACGGAGACGCCCCGGGGCCGGAAGACAGGCCCGGCGGCGCCCCCGAGUCGCCCCCGCUCGACGCGCCCUUCAGCCGCACCUACAGGAACAGCAUCAAGGAUGCGCAGUCCCGGGUCCUGGGGGCCACCUCCUUCCGCCGCCGGGACCUGGAGCUGGGGGGCCCCGGCGCCUCCAGGCCCUGGCGGCCACGCGCCGCCCUCCGCAAAGGCCCGCGCCGCCGCCUGACCAUGGAGCAGAAGAAGCGCUCCUACUCGGAGCCGGAGAAGAUGAACGAGGUGGGGGUGUCGGAGGAGGCCGAGCCUGCGCUCUCGGGUCCGCACCGGCCCGGGGUACUGCGGUACCCCGAGAGCAGCGUGGCCGACCGGCGCCGCCUCUUCGAGCGCGACGGCAAGGCCUGCUCCACGCUCAGCCUGUCGGGGCCCGAGCUGAAGCAGUUCCAGCAGAGCGCGCUGGCCGACUACAUCGAGCGCAAGACGGGCAAGCGCCCCGCCGCCGCCGGCUGCGGGCCCCAGGAGCCGGGCGCCUACCUCCAGGCCCCCGACGGCCCGGGCCUGGCCUCGGCCUGCAGCCUGAGCUCGCUGCGGGAGCCCAGCUGGCAGCCCCGCAAGGAAGCCGCCCUCUCCCCGCCACUGCCAGCUGCAGCCACGGAGACCUCCAGGGCCCCUCGAGAUCGCAGCAGCUCCUUUGCCUUCGCGGGUGCGCGCUUCCAUGGAGAACGGCCACGCUGGGAUCCCCCGACCCCGAGGGAAAUGCUCAGUGGUGCUAGCUGCGGGCCAAGGGGCACCCAGAAGCUGGACAGAAACCCUGGAGAGUCUUCAUCCUGGGGGGCCGUGGCCAGGAGGACCGGGAAGUCCAUGUCAGCUGAGGACCUGCUGGAGCGCUCCGAUGUCCAGGCUGUCCCUGUCCACGUGCGGUCCAGGUCGUCUCCCACUGCAGACAAGAAGUGCCAGGAUGUGCUCUUGGGGGAAGACAGUGGCUUUGGUUUUGUGAAGAAUCCAUGUCACCCGACUGACUCUGGAUCUACGUUGCUCAGUUGUUCUGACAGAGGCCGAGAAGAGACUCCGGUGCCCCUCCAUCCUCCCACCCCACGCUGGGACAGCUCAGGCUGCAAAGCAGCCAGUAUUUGUUCGGUUCCUAGUGAGUGUCCCAAAGCCAGCAGAAUGCAAGGGCUCCUCCCAGACACUCGGGCUGCCGCCUUGACCCCACACAGCUCCCCUCUGCCUUCACCUGUUCCCUCCUCCAGUUACUGCUCGCAGCUGGCCUCUGAUCCGCAGAGUGGAAGGGAUGGUCAGGCAGGGCGACAGCCUCUUGCACCCUACACCCCUGGAGGGCCCCACAGAAGCGAUGGUCUGAUCCAGCCUCCCAGCCCAGAGCAUGGGGUAGAAGAAGGCGCGAGGAAGAGGGCCAGUCUGCCCCAGCGGCCCCCUCCUCCUCGGGUGAAGUGGGCUCACAUAGCGACAGAGGACGGCCUCUCCCAGGAUGCCUCAGCACUCGAGUUCGCAAACCUGAAGCACUACCACAAGCAUCAGACGAGUCUUCCGAGUUCAUGCAGCACUUCAGACCCAGAUACUCCUGGCAGGGUCUCGCUGCGCAUCUCUGAGUCUGCCCUGCAGACCUCCCCACCGCUCCGGGAGGACUGUGAGGACGAGGUGUUUGUGAAGGACUUGUACAAGGCCACCUCCAGCCCCACAUUUGAGGCCCUUCCCCCACCUCCACCUCCUCCAGUGAGCCAGGAAGCCCCCGUGAAUCCCUCGGAUGACUUUCCUCCGCCUCCUCCCCAUGUGGUGUUUGAGGAAUUGGAAGAUAACCAGGCCUGCGAGGAGCCUGGCAGCAGCAGCAGCUCCAGCAAGUUUUCCAAGGUGACAGUUACAAGAGAAAGACACAUGCCUGGUGCAGUCCCUGUAGUAAGCAGUCAGAUCCUGGCUCCCAGACCCCACACUGUCAGAGGUUCAGAGGCCAGUGAGUCCAACCCACACACCAUCGUGAGUGUUCAGCCUCAACUUGCUGGGUCUCUUGGCCAACAGCCAAGCCCAGAACAGCCACCUCCCAGCCGGACCCAAAGCUUCCUCCAUGAACCAGUGGGUGGAACUCUGGAUACAGAAACAAAUGUCAGUCCUGUUCCUCAGAAGACCUCAGAAGACAGCAGAACAGAGGCUCUGGCCAAGGAAAUUGUCCACCAAGACAAAUCUCUAGCAGACAUUUUGGACCCGGACUCCAGAAUGAAGACAACUAUGGACUUGAUGGAAGGCCUGUUCCCCCGAAACAUUAAUACACUGAAGGAAAACAGCACGAAGAGGAAGGCCCUGCAGAGAACUGUCAGCUGUCCAGGAUAUGAAGGCAAAAGGAGUGAAGACAAGGAAGCAGCAGGAGUGUUAGUCAACUGCCCUGCCUACUACAGUGUGUCUGCUGCCAAGGCUGAGCUUCUGAACAAAAUCAAAGAUAUGCCAGAAGAGGCGCCUGAAGACGAGGAGGAUGUCAAUGAAAAAAAGGCUGAGCUCAUUGGAAGCCUCACCCACAAACUUGAGACCCUCCAGGAAGCAAAGGGGAGUCUACUCAUGGAUAUCAAGCUUAACAACGCCUUGGGAGAAGAGGUGGAGGCUUUGAUCAGUGAGCUAUGCAAGCCCAACGAGUUUGACAAGUACAAGAUGUUCAUAGGGGACUUGGACAAGGUGGUCAACCUGCUGCUAUCCCUCUCCGGGCGCCUCGCCCGGGUUGAGAACGUUCUGAGUGGCCUUGGGGAAGACGCCAGUAAUGAAGAAAGGAGCUCUCUGAAUGAGAAAAGGAAGGUCCUGGCCGGGCAGCACGAGGAUGCGCGGGAGCUCAAGGAGAACCUGGACCGCAGGGAACGCGCCGUCCUGGCCAUCCUGGCCAAUUACCUCUCAGAGGAACAACUCCAGGAUUACCAGCACUUCGUGAAAAUGAAGUCUACACUCCUUAUCGAGCAGCGAAAACUAGAUGACAAGAUAAAGCUGGGCCAGGAGCAGGUCAAGUGUCUGCUAGAGAGUCUUCCCUCCAACUUCACUCCCAAGACCGGGGCCCUGGCUCUGCCUGCAGACCUCUCGAGCUCAGGGACCCCCGUAGGGGGCUGGGCUGUCACCGGCAUGGGCCCCACAUUAACCUCUCCACUUUAACCUCUUCUAAGAGACCCCACCAAAAGAUCAUCACUUCCCUCAACACUAUUUAAUCUGCAGUGUUUCACUGUCAACCACCAUGUAAACUCUGGGUGAUUGGGGUUUUCCUGGAUAAAAGGAAGAAAAUUCUAUCCAAGAAGAAGCCUGGGUUUUCCUUCUUGCCUUUCCCGAUUUAUCUGAGAGCUUGGAUGCUGCUGGAAACUUACCCCUUUCUCUUAUUACUUAGUAUUAGAAGGAAAGUUAGUGAAACUGUGACCAGUGCGUGGAUAGUGUUUGGGCAUGUAGGUUUUAACAGACCGAGGCAGCCGAGAUCAGUGAGUGUCACCCUCAGGAAUGUAUCCAUAGUGGCCUUCCUCGCUGGUAGGCAGCGUGCCCUGAUAACCGGGUACACAUACCAUACAUGAAGGGUCAGCAACACAAAGCCUUAAAAAGACACACACGCUGAGAAGGAAGUUGUAAAGCCUUGAACUUUGUUAUUUAUAUUUUUAAAAAUGAAGAUCAUGAUGUCUGUGUGCUAACCACUUAUUUGAUUCUGUUUUGUGGUGGAUGUAGACAAUUACGUUUGAACUUUGUACUUUGUGAAAACCUUAAUGAAGAAUUCCAAAGACAGCUGCAUCAAGCGUGGAGACUCGUUUUUUCUUUCCUUGUUCUCGUGACUUGUCUGAUUAUUUUUUAUAAAUAUCAGCCAGUAUUCUAUACUUGCAUUCAACUGAGGGAAUCCGAGUUCCAUUUUCUGACUU